AUGAUAAUCGCCAGAAUGCAGUUCAGCUUCGUCAUCGUCCUUACUGGACUCCUUUCCCUUGUGGCUGCGCAACCAGAGGGGGCUGAGAAGAGGCAAGAUGCUGCACAAUCGACAGUCGCCGCCGACCAGCUAUUGUCAUAUUUCUCAGUGCUCGCAACCAACACAGCCUUCGUCGCCGCCGGCUCCGCCAUCCAAACCGACGCCGCCGCUAUCUCCUCCCUCUCCGCUUUUGAAGAUUCCGUUUCCGCUGUCUUUGCCACGCAGGGAACCCUGGCAGCCAACUACCUCGAGGCUAUCCCUGCCGCGGUCCGUCCCUUCUUCAGCUCCGUAUAUGCUGCCCAAGCUAGCAUCCUCACCGCGAACGGUUUCAGCAAUCCCAUCUCGACGUUGCAAAGUGAGGUUGGAGGAAAGGCGACGAGUACGAUUAAGGUGGCAGCAGCGCGGGAGACGGGCAUGGGCCGCCUGGGCAGCAUGGUUGUUGGCGGGGCGGUGGGAUUUAUAGGGAUGGUGGUCGCGUUGUAA